GUCGCACUGAAGGUUAGGAUAAACAGCGUCUUGUUUAAGAGCACAUAGGAAGGAAAGACAGAACCCUUAAAGAGAAAGGCCUUCACGCACUCUUCUCUUCCAGCUCUGGCUGUAUGCCUUUUCCUUUCUGGUCCAAACAAGUUAUUGAGGAGUACAAUUCAUGCUAUUUCUAGGCAAUAGUUGGCUUGCACUCUUCCCAUAGUGCUCUUCCGUGACCACCACUUUCUGACUGAGCAGCCGGGAACCUGAAUGAGCCGACCAGAUGUUCCGUACACUCCGUUGGACGCAGCCCCCUCCACAUCAGAUCGGGACUAUAAGCUUAAACCACGACCCACCAGCGCACGCGAUGGUCCUCAAGGGUUGCGCCGCGCAAAUUCCUUAUCCUACAAGACAGUCCUCGGCAGCGAGCUGCCUCAGGGAAUACGUCAAAGAGACAAGUUCGUGCCUCUACCGCUAGACAGCAGCAGGGGCGCGUCUCCAGGGAGGCCUGACGAGCAUGACACAGCACAUGCCCUACCCGAGAUUGCAGCCGCAGUGCCCGGCCCCUCCGGCAGAGCCAGGAUUACUGUGUACUGCGUGGCUGAUUCGCUGGACCGGGAAAAGCUGGAAUCGCACAUCCGGAUCAAGCACCCGGCCUGGGAGACCAACACCUACCCCGACGUCAUCCACGCCCGGCUGGGGGGGACGAGCACCACGCUAGGGGUGGCGCCCCUAGCACCCGCACCCGCACCCGCGGGGGGGAUGCUGUACGGCGGAGGGGGAGGCAGCAGCAUGGGCGGCAUGGCGGGCGGGCUGGACGGUGAUGCAUCCGCGGCGGCGGCGGCAGCGGCUUGGAGCCUGCCCUCGGACGUGUUCUUUUUCGAGUACGGAGUGGUGGUGUUCUGGGCGCUGCAGGCCGCCCAGGAGACGAGCAUCCUGCGCUCCGUUGCGCGCGCCGCUGAGUGCCAUCCGCUUGCGGAGUACGACGUGGACGAGUUCAGCUUCAACAUCAGCGUCAGCGAGCCGCCGCACAUCCAGAACGACACCAUCACCAUCAACCGUAGGCAGGCCACGGAUCACCAGAUCCGUCUGGCCAUCAGCCACGCGCUGGCCCAGUCCACCAAGCUGUCCGUGUACGAGGAGCGGGUGGUGGCGCUGGUGGAGGAGAGCAAGCACCUGCCGCAGGACCUGGCCCUGCACGGCCGCGUGUCCAUGUCCACCAAGCGGCUGGCGCAGCUAAUCGGCAAGGUCUUCCUGCAGUCCUCCACCCUCAACCUGCUCUCCACCGUGAUGGACACACCCGAGUUCUUCUGGAGCGCACCCGACCAGCUGCAGGCGCUGUAUGAGCGCGCGUGUGAGUACCUGGAACUGGACACGCGGGCCGAGGUGCUCAACGCGCGGUUCCAGGUGCUGCAGGAGAUGCUGGACAUGCUUCGCGACCACAAAAACAACUCGCACGCCGCCCGGCUGGAGUGGAUCAUCAUUUGGCUGCUGCUGGUGGAUGUGAUCCUCAUGCUGUUCCAGCUGCUGGGGCUGUUUGGGCUGGUAUGAGCGGGACAGGGGUGGAGAGGGGACAAAUAAGUGAAAUGCGAAGUAACUGGAGUCCCAAUCCCGUUUAGAAUGACCCAUGCGGGUAGAGGGGGUGAGGAUGGGGGUCAAGCAGUAGAAGUGAGACGGCGAGCGGAGGGGAGGGGAGGAGGCAGGGGGGAGGGAGGGCGCUUCAUGGGAGUCCCCGAGGUCCGGUGGCCCUGGGAGGAGAGGACCGCGGGGAAAGGCGGAGGGAGGGAGGGAGAGAGAGAGAAAGAGAGAAGCGGUGUGUGUGUCUGUGGAGGGGUGUUUGGUGGAGUUCGGAGAAGGAAAAGGGCUUUGGCAGCAUGGCAUGCGGUAUCGUUACCGGUUCCUUUCUCUAGAUACGGUAGGAAUACGUUUCUCUCGAGCCGAGUUUUGCCCCCUGUAGUGUUUUUAGGACAUUUACCAAACCAGAGAUUGGCGUAGUAGCGCAAUGGGCCGCAGGCGCAUGUGUUGCAUGUUCCCUGCACGAUAUUCGACGCAUUUGUUGAGAUGGGCUGGGUAGCAUGUUGGUUAGGAGCCUGCAGCAUGAUGCAUGCUAGCGUGUUAGGUAGAGUAGCCGGGUGUGUUGAACGUCAAGUGUGUUGGAGCCGGGGUAUGCCCUCCUAGGGUGGUGGGUGGGGGCAGGGGGUGCAUAUGCUGUACACAUGUGCGCUCCCCACUGCUGACUGCCACAGGUAAAACGGCACCCUUGGUGUGGAGUACGUAUGUGGAGUACGUACGUCGUGUGACAAACGUAUGAAGGCGAAAGAGGACUCGAUGGAUGGGGGAUGAAAUGUUCGAUGGCGGAACAAGACUAGCAGGAUGAAGCUUGGCUUGCAUUGCAUUGCUUGCCACACACACACUAAGAUACAUUGUGGAUCGUGGGAAGAAGGCCGCGGAGAGGUGGAUAACGGUCA